UUGUUAGUUCUCGCGAGAACGGCGCUUGUUAUUGCUACAGAUAGCACCGCUAGAGCGGGCGAGACAAGUUAUCCAGAUCUGCAGUGAACUGUUGUACUGCGAUGGAUGCUCUCGGAGCCCUCGACGAGGCAGAGAGGCCACGAAAUCACCCUUUCCUAAUAGGGGUCAGCGGAGGAACCGCCAGCGGCAAGUCAACAGUUUGCGCAAAGAUCAUGGAGCUUCUGGGCCAGAACAAGGUGGACCACCGCCAGAGGAAGGUGGCGAUUAUAAGCCAGGACAGCUUCUACAGAGUACUGACUCUGGAGCAAAAGGCGAAAGCACUGAAGGGCCAAUACAACUUUGAUCACCCAGAGGCAUUCGACACCGAGUUAAUGUACAAAACCUUAAAGGACAUUGUGGAGGGAAAGGUGGUCGAAGUGCCAACGUAUGACUUCGUCACACAUUCCAGGCUGGAAGACAGGAUCACAGUUUACCCAGCAGACGUGGUCCUCUUUGAGGGGAUCCUGGUCUUCUACCCCCAGAAAGUGCGUGAUAUGUUUCAAAUGAAGCUUUUUGUGGACACUGAUUCAGACGUCAGACUGUCUCGCAGAGUUCUCCGAGACAUGACCAGAGGGAGAGACCUGGAGCAGAUUCUCACGCAGUAUACAACAUUUGUCAAGCCUGCUUUUGAAGAGUUUUGUUUGCCUACAAAAAAGUAUGCAGAUGUCAUCAUUCCAAGGGGGGUCGACAAUAUGGUGGCCAUCAACCUCAUCGUACAGCACAUCCAAGACAUACUGAACGGUGAAAUCUGCAAAUGGCGUGUAUCUAUUAACAGCCACGCGCGAGGCUUCAAACGGGCCAUCUCUGAGCAGGGUGACCUGCAGAACGGCGCUGCUAAUCCUGCAGGAAAGAGGGUCCUGCUGGAGCCCAGUUGUCGGCCUCACUGAGACUGCGUAGAUGCAUGGGUGGACCGAUGUGUCCAGACUGAAUAUAAGCUUCACGUUGGGAUUGCUACUACUGAUUUGUGCGAGAUGGGUCAGCACCUGUGAUGCCGGUCUCCCCCUCAGAGUAUUUUAUGUUGUUUUUUAAAGAAAAGUAUCCACAAUCCUCCUUUACAAAUAUUCAGUGCCGCAACCUCAUAAUUCACUGUAAUCAUUGUUGCAUAAGCAGUAUGCUAAUAUAUUAUGAUUUUCACAUGUAACAGUCUUCCAUGAUAGUUUGACUUUUCUGUGUUAACUCUGGUCAAAUGACCGGUUACUGAGAUUGGGGUUAUAUAGUUGAGGGAAGGAAGUGUUAUUUAAAUGUUUAAUUGGAGUCAUGCUGUUGCACUUUGACCUUUUAUUUACAUCUGCUUUUUUGUUGCUGGAGUAGGCCGUUUUUAUGGAAAAGACAAAACUACAGCCCUUGUCCUGCAGCUCUCCCUUCUAAGCCCUGAAAUGCUUCGCUGAUAUUGCCAGGUGUUUUCUUACAUUCAUGUUAGUCUUUCACACUCUUUGAUUAGUCUGUUUUACUUUUUUUUUCUUCUCAAGAGCAACUUUCUGCAGGAUUUUCCACCAUUGUAUUUAGGCCUUUGCCAUCUGUAGGGAUGUGCACCUGCACCUGCGUUUGUAGACCAGCCAAUAGGAAUAGGAAGCCAACGUCUUCUGUCAUGGGCAAGAUUGUCUAAAGCCUGACAACAGAGCCAAGAGGGAUUGCAAAAGUUCUCGCAGGCCACUUGAAUUGCUACAUGCUGAAAUAUCAUGAAAGUUUUUAAAGCCAAAGAAGGAAAAAAAAAAACUGCCUACCCCAGCUUUAAUCAAGAUUAUAUCCUGGUUUUUUUGAAUGUUUUUAAAUCCAUUUAGGCCAGAUGACUGUGGUGUAGUAUUGUUACACCUAGAUUGUUAUUGAGUGCUUCCUUUUAAUUAUUUAAAGUUGAACACAUGCCUUAAUAUUUCUGAA